ACCCCUCCCUCCCUCCUGGGCUGAAACUCCGGAACGGGAGCAGACACGACUUCUCUCUGCGCGGCCAGCAUCACGGUCACUGCAGCCCACCCUGCCCCCAGCCCUUGCUCCAUGGUGACACGACGGCCGGUGACAUGAGGCUGCCCCGCGCUCUGCUCCCCCUGCUGCUGCAGGCCUGCUGGGCCUCCGCGCAGGACGACACCGUGGCCUCAAGGGCCAUCGCCUUCCAAGACUGCCCUGUGGACCUGUUCUUUGUGCUGGACACCUCCGAGAGUGUGGCCUUGAGGCUGAAGCCCUAUGGGGCCCUGGUGGACAAGGUCAAGUCCUUCACCAAGCGCUUCAUUGACAACCUGAAGGACAGGUACUACCGCUGUGACCGCAACCUGGUGUGGAAUGCGGGAGCGCUGCACUAUAGCGACGAGGUGGAGAUCAUCCGUGGGCUCACGCGCAUGCCCAGCGGCCGCGACGAGCUUAAGAGCAGCGUGGACGCUGUCAAGUACUUCGGAAAGGGCACCUAUACCGACUGCGCCAUCAAGAAGGGUCUGGAGGAGCUGCUCGUGGGGGGCUCCCACCUGAAGGAGAACAAGUACCUGGUCGUGGUGACUGACGGGCACCCCCUGGAGGGCUACAAGGAGCCCUGCGGGGGCCUGGAGGAUGCUGUGAACGAGGCCAAGCAUCUGGGCAUCAAAGUCUUCUCCGUGGCCAUCACGCCCGACCACCUGGAGCCACGUCUGAGCAUCAUCGCCACGGACCACACGUACCGGCGCAACUUCACGGCGGCCGACUGGGGGCAGAGCCGCGACGCCGAGGAAGUCAUCAGCCAGACCAUUGAAACCAUCACGGACAUGAUCAAAAAUAAUGUGGAGCAAGUGUGCUGCUCCUUCGAGUGCCAGCCCGCCAGAGGACCCCCCGGGCCUCGAGGCGACCCUGGGUACGAGGGAGAAAGAGGGAAGCCGGGGCUCCCAGGAGAGAAAGGAGAAGCUGGAGAGCCUGGAAGACCUGGGGACCUUGGACCCGUUGGCUACCAGGGCAUGAAGGGGGAGACAGGGUACCCUGGCCUGCCAGGCUGCAAGGGCUCACCCGGAUUCGAUGGUAUCCAAGGACCCCCCGGGCCCAAGGGUGAUGCAGGUGCCUUCGGACUGAAAGGACAGAAGGGUGAGCCCGGAGCAGACGGGGAGCCUGGGAGGCCAGGGAACACGGGGCCCCCCGGAGAUGAGGGUGAGCCUGGAGAGCCCGGUCCCCCGGGAGAGAAGGGAGAAGCCGGCGAUGAGGGAAAUGCAGGACCAGACGGAGCCCCCGGAGAGAGGGGCGGCCCUGGGGAAAGAGGACCUCGAGGGACCCCAGGUGCACGGGGCCCAAGAGGAGACCCGGGUGAAGCUGGACCCCAAGGUGACCAGGGACGAGAAGGCCCCGUCGGUGUCCCCGGUGACCCGGGCGAGGCUGGCCCCAUUGGGCCAAAAGGAUACCGAGGCGAUGAGGGACCCCCUGGGACCGAGGGCCCUAAAGGAGCUCCGGGGCCUGCAGGCCCCCCUGGAGACCCCGGGCUGAUGGGUGAGAGGGGUGAAGACGGCCCCCCCGGGAAUGGCACCGAAGGCUUCCCCGGCUUUCCCGGCUAUCCAGGCAGCAGAGGUCCUCCUGGGAUAAACGGCACCAAAGGCUACCCUGGCCUCAAGGGGGACGAGGGAGAAGCCGGGGACCCCGGAGAGGACAAUAAUGACAUUGCUCCACGAGGCGCCAAAGGAGCAAAGGGCUACCGAGGUCCUGAAGGCCCCCAGGGACCCCCAGGACACGUGGGACCACCAGGGCCAGACGAAUGCGAGAUUUUGGACAUCAUCAUGAAAAUGUGCUCUUGCUGUGAGUGCAAGUGCGGGCCCAUCGACAUCCUCUUCGUGCUGGACAGCUCCGAGAGCAUCGGCCUACAGAACUUCGAGAUCGCCAAGGACUUCAUUGUCAAGGUCAUUGACCGGCUGAGCAAGGACGAGCUGGUCAAGUUUGAGCCUGGGCAGUCGCAUGCGGGCGUGGUGCAGUACAGCCACAACCAGAUGCAGGAGCACGUGGACCUGAGGGACCCCAACAUCAGGAGUGCCCAGGACCUCAAGGAGGCCAUCAAGAAGCUGCAGUGGAUGGGCGGCGGCACCUUCACGGGCGAGGCCCUGCAGUACACCCGGAGCCGGCUGCUGCCACCCACCCCGAACAACCGCAUUGCCCUGGUCAUCACUGACGGCCGCUCGGACACCCAGAGGGACACCACCCCACUCAGCGUGCUCUGCGGCCCUGACAUCCAGGUGGUCUCCGUGGGCAUCAAGGAUGUCUUUGGCUUGGCCGCGGGCUCCGACCAGCUCAACGUCAUCUCCUGCCAAGGCCUGGCACCCCAGGGACGGCCGGGCAUCUCACUGGUCAAGGAAAACUAUGCCGAGCUUCUGGACGAUGGCUUCCUGAAGAAUAUCACCGCCCAGAUCUGCAUAGACAAGAAAUGUCCAGAUUACACCUGCCCAAUCAUCUUCUCCUCCCCGGCCGACAUCACCAUCCUCCUGGACGGCUCCGCCAGCGUGGGCAGCCACAACUUUGACAUCACCAAACGCUUUGCCAAGCGGCUGGCAGAGCGCUUCCUGACAGCGAGCCGGACAGACCCGGGCCAGGACGUGCGCGUGGCGGUGGUGCAGUACAGUGGCACGGGGCAGCAGCGGCCGGAGCGCGCGGCCCUGCAGUUCCUGCAGAACUACACGGUGCUGGCCAACACCGUGGACUCCAUGGACUUCUUCAAUGAUGCCACCGACGUCAUAGACGCCCUGGGCUACGUGACCCGCUUCUACCGCGAGGCCUCAUCCACCGCCGCCAAGAAGAGGCUGCUGCUCUUCUCGGAUGGCAACUCGCAGGGUGCCACGCCAGCCACCAUUGAGAAGGCGGUGCAGGAGGCCCAGCGGGCGGGCCUGGAGAUCUUCGCGGUGGUGGUGGGCCGCCAGGUGAACGAGCCCCACGUGCGUGUCCUGGUCACCGGCAAGGCGGCUGAGUAUGACGUGGUCUUCGGCGAGCGCCACCUGUUCCGCGUGCCCAGCUACCAGGCGCUGCUGCGGGGUGUCUUCUACCAGACGGUAUCCAGGAAGGUGGCGCUGGACUAGUGGCCUGGCCCCUGCCACCGAGACAGAUGCAAGAGGGGACCCAAUGUUCCUGACCAACCCGACUAGCUAGGAUUUUUUAAAGGGAAAGCUUGAAAAGCCGUGAUUCGAUGCUCUAUGCUUUGCCCACCCCCCUAGAGCAGAGUGUCGGUGCUGGGGAUCUGCCGGCCCCCUUCUGCUGCCUGCCUGAACCUGCACCCAAAGUGCCCUCCUCUUGCUGCCUGUCCACGUCCCCUCAUCCCAGUCAGAGCCCUGGCACCUGGUUCUCUGUCCUUUCUGGGGUCAGCUGUCACGGCCUUCCCUCCCCACCACCCCCCUGCCACCACCACCCAGAGCUUGACUUCCCUCUGAUCCUAGAGUCCUUCAGGAAACUCUCGCUCACCCCAAAGUCAGGUCUCCCAGGGAACUCGCACAGGAGCGUGAUCCCUAGUGAGCUGAACCCCCUGACGAGGCUCUUGUCACUCACGCCUGCCAGCAGAAACCACGACUCCUCCUUGAUGGCAAAGCCCAGACCGCAAACCCCAGAGCGAAGGUGCUAUCCUGCCCCACCCCACCCCAGGGCCGGAGGCCUGGCCGCAGCCCCUGGGGCUCAGUGAGGCGUUUCAUCAGAAACAAGCCGAAGCCCUUUUUCCUCAAGGAAGUGAUUGAUUCUACAUUUCAUUGAAGAUUUUCUUGGUUCUUUAGUUUUACUUUUACUUCUUUCUGUGUUUUUUCUCAACCGUGUUCACGUGGGCAACUUUUCCAAAUAAAGGUUUUCAUUCUC